AUGGCUGCAAGAAUUGGAAUUGGUUUGGAAGAAAAUGAGAGUCUUAAACAACAUAAAGUCCUUCAAGAAGAGAAUCGAGAAACUUUACGUAUUAAUUCUGAAUUGAAAGAAGAACUUCAAGAAAAAGAUAAGCAAUCAGCAAAGCUUCAACAAAAAGUUCUAAAUUUGGAAAGUCAAAAUAAUGAGUUUGAAAUAACAUCUCAAACGUUAGAAAAAUCUCUAGAAAUUAUUCAACUUGCAAAAAACAUUAAAAUUCCUCCGAAAAUUCGUGGAGCUCUUAUAAUACAGGAACUUGAAGAACAAAUCAUUAAAUUUAUUGUAGCAAUGCGAACAGUUAAUGGAAAAGAUUAUAAAGCACAAUCUGUCAAAGUUGGAGUUUAUGCUAUUGCACGAUAUUUAUCUGAACAUUCUGUAAUCCAUCAAGCAGGGACUAGUGAAGUUGCUAUGAUUUUUAAACAUCCUCAAUUGGAUAAAUCUACACCAGAAGGGUUAUUAUAUCAUGUUUUUCAGAAAUACAAUUUUUUAUUGCUUAGAGGAGGCGAGCAUUAUAAAUUAUUAGCAUCAAAUUUUAAGAAAAAGAAUGAUGGUUGUUUUACUGUUUGUUUAUAUGAAUCAAAAGCAAAUCAGAGAAAUAUAAAUCAAUCUGAAGCACAAGCUGAUAUUCUAUAUAUCUCAGGUGAUGAUCCUAAUAUAAUACAGGAUUAUGAUGAUUAUUUCGAAAAAAGACCAGUUGAUUCUGAUUUGCAGUUUAAUUUACAGCCAAAUUCUUUAGAAUAUGGUGAAGUUGCUAUGAUAUAUUGCAUGAAACAGCUUCAAAAACAUGAACUUGAAACAGGAAUAAAUUUCAUGGUUGUCGACUGUGGUAGUGAUACAGUAGAUUUGACUACUCAAUUUGCUUCUGAGAUAAAACAAUAUAUUACAGAUAAGAAUAAAAAACAUUUAGAAAUAGAGAAUUGGUUAAUUGAACUUAACUUUAAUGACAUAAAAUCAAUGUUUGACCCUAUUGUUAAUAUAGUUUUACAGUUGAUUCAAUUACAACUCAAUAAUUCACCUAAAACAUGUUUGGCAAUAGUAAGAAUUAUUUUAACUCCUAUUCAACCUACAAUUGCGAUUGAACGUAGAGCUGUGAUAUAUGGAUUAUCUUCUAUGAAUUUAGAUUCAAAUGUUAUUGCUUCAAGAAUUAUUAAAUAUACUUAUAGUAUUAAAGUAAGAAAAUAUUGGACAAAAGAUUAUUCAAUUCAUAGAAAAGUUAAUAAUAGGCAUAUUAAUAAAAUUCAUUGUUUAGCCAAGCGUGAUACUCUAAUAAAUGUUAAUCAAAAAAUUACAUAUUCUUAUUUAUCACUCUAUUCUACUCAAACAAAAGUAGUUUUUUAUCUAUAUUAUACUAAUGAGUUUGAUGCAAAAUAUUAUGAUAAAUCUGAAAUGAAACUUUUAGAAAAGCUUACCAUGAAUCUUCCUAGCUCAG